GCCAUGUUGCGGAACAUCAUACGAUUGCUGAGCAACGGCGAAUCCAGCCAGUGGUGUCUUUUUACGACCACGAGUGGAUAUACUGGAUCGGCUAUGCGGGAGCUUCAGCGUGGUGAUGUCGUUUGUAUCUUGUUUGGAUGCGCUUUGCCACUCAUUCUGAGACCCCAACCUGACGGAACACAUGUGAUUGUCGACGCCGGUUAUGUAAACGGGAUCAUGGGCGGGGAGUUUCUGAGAGACAAAUCACAGUACACGGACACAGAGUUCCUCAUUAGCUGAGGAGUUCUACUGGAGGCUGUCAACCUCUACUACCUAGGUAUCUGUUCCUGCUCAG